AGCAAGACUGAUCAAGAAUGUCUCUGCGACCCAGUUCGAGCUCUGGUUCUCCUUCGAAGACAAGGAGAAAAAUGUAUAAGGGUGGAAUUGACGCAGAAGAGAGUCGGAGAAGGAGGGAAAAAGACCUUGUCAGCAUCAGAAAAAUCAAACGCCAAACCACUCUUCUCAAGAAACGAGAAGAACCAGAAGAACGUACCUUUGAUACGCUACUGGAUGCUGUUCCUGAGAUAGUGAAACGUAUAUGUGAUGAGUAUCCUCAGAGACAAUUGGAGGCAACUGCUUACUUAAGAACUAUUUUAACAAUUGGUGACCCGGCCCCUCCACUUGAUGACCUCGUUAAGCAUGGUAUCCUCCCUCGCUUUGUGGAGUUAUUAUCAAGGGACGAUGAACCUAAUUUGCAGGUACAAGUUCUGUGGGUUAUAUCCGAUUUUGUUUUCACAUCAUACCAACACAAAAGUGCUGUGGUUGAAGUUGGUGUUGUUCCUUUCUUGGUCAAUCUUGUCUCUAGUAGCCAUGAUGAUAUAAGAGAAGAGGCAAUAUGGAUUUUAGGAAACAUUGUUGGUGACUCCCCAGAAUUUAGGGAUCCUAUUCUUAGCCAUGGUGCUGUCAUGCCAUUACUAUGUCAGUUGCAACCACAUUCACCAUUGCAUAUAAUAAAGGCUGCUACGUUUACUUUAUCUGUUUUGCUCCGUGGAAUACCUCCAGUAGAUUUUGAACUGGUAAAGAUUGUCUUACCUGCUCUUCAGCGACUCCUCCAUGAGACCGAUGAAGAUGUUUUAACAGAUACAUGCUGGACUUUAAAUUACCUUUCGGAAGGUCCUAUGGACAAUGUUCAAGCUAUUAUUGAAUUAGGAGUUUGCCCAAAACUUGUGCAACUUCUUCAGUUUCCAUCAGAUGAAGUUAUUGUACCUGCACUUGGGGCUUUAGGAAAUAUUGCUGCUGCUGGUGAGGCUCAUACACAGGCUGUGAUCGAUGCCAACAUUAUUCCUGCUCUUGUUAAAGUUGUCCGUAAUGCUGAGUUUGAGGUGAAGAAGGAGGCUGUCUGCGCGAUCUUCAAUGUCACUUCUAAAGGAUCUGAUGAGAAUAUAAGGGUCCUUGCGGCUGAGGGUUGCAUUGAGGCACUAUGUGAACUCUUGACCUGUCCAGAUCCAAAGCUGGUGAGAGUUUGUCUGGAGGGACUGGUGAACAUUUUGGCAUUUGGAGAAGCUAACAAGGAUGAGAAAGGCAAUGUUUUUGCUCAAAGGGUUGAGGAAUGUGGAGGAUUGGACAAUAUUGAAACAUUGCACCUUCAUGAGAACAAUGACAUUCAUACCAGAGCUCUGUGGAUUUCGGAUUGCUUUCGAGCACAGAAUGAGUUGGAAGAUUCCAAUAUGAGCUUCAGCCUGCUUGAUUUUUCACUCAUACAACACUUACAAGAGUAA